UUGGUUUUCUAGUGUCUUACAGGUCGCUAGCUCACCAGAUUAACUUUUGGCUCUGAGCACCUGGAUAGGAGCCUCUAUUGCAGCCAAAAGCGCCCAUUUUUGCACCACAGGACCUCGCGCAUUGCUCAGACAGCAACCAGCACAUCAGUCACUGCCUAGGUUACGAGCACUGCAGAGAGAGCCAACACAGCAAAGAGAGCCAUGUGCGGCGCACAAGCAGUGCUGCUCGUCGCAGCGUUCGCAGCCGCCCUCCAGCCACCCAAAAAAACACCCACCGUGCGAAGAACGAACCUCAGCGCGAGCGCCCCCGACGCGGUCGCCAUCGACGAGCGCAGAGUGGUUGGAGAAGGUUCCUACGGCGUCGUCGUCGCCGCGAUCGAUGAAAAUAAUAAGCAGUACGUCGCCAAGCGCGCGCGCAAGGACGACCGCAGCAAGCGCUACUUUGAGGUGGAGAGGACCAUCAAUGAAAAACUAAGAGGCACGCCGGGCCUCGCACCCUACAGAGGAGUCGUCGAAGGCCCAACCCCAGAAAAGCAGUUCUUCGACCCCCCGUCAACAAAAUACCUGCUCUUCGACCGGGUGAAAGGCGGCCGUGACGCGGAGACGUACCUGAACGACGGGUCGUGUGGCGUCGACGGCCUCGCGGCAGCUUUAGGUCUGGACGCGUGCGCUUAUGGGGAUGAGGUCUGCUUCGUUGAUAAUGAGGAGGAGUGCACGGCGGACCCGCAGCAAGCUCGCUCAGGGGCGGCGAACGUCGUCGUGGCCUCGGUGGUAUUAUCGUUUCUGUUGGACGCCUGUGCAGCGUUGGAAGCGAACAAAGUAAUACAUAGAGACGUCAAGGCUUCGAAUAUUCUGGUGGAGCCGUCUCAAAAAAGACUAGUACUGAUCGACUUCGGGUCCGCGAUGGACGUCGACACAAAACAAGGCUACGAAGCCCGAAAGUCGCCGGUCUCACCCAGAUACUGCCCGCCGGAGCAGUUCGUCGAGCUCGAGCAUUGGAGGUCUUUUGAUGCGUACGGCUGCGGGCUCGUGGCGCUGCGGCUGUUACUCUCCCCGGCAUUAAGAAGCGCGAACGACGUCGACGCUUUUAACGUCGAGUUCGCCGCGGCGGACCACGACUUGGACCGCUGGCUCUCGACGAAACUCGCGCAGACCGCUUUACCUGAGCGGUUACUCGCGCCGCUGUCGGCGCUACGCUCGUUGAAAUCCGGCGCGGCGCUCUGGCGGCUCGUCUCCCGAUUAUUGGCCGAAGAUCCCCGGAAGCGACGGACGGCCAAAGAUGCGAAAGUCGAGGCGUCGAAGCUCCAGGCGGCAUUGUUGGACGAGGCCUCGAAUAUGGAGUCCGCGACGGCCGUGCCGCCGCGCGCGCGCGACCCGUCCUUGAUCCCGUCCAGACGACGCUACGCGCUGCAGGCCCCGUUGGGCCUCAUCGUCGAGGAGGACGGCGGCGUCCGCGUGAGCAGUGUGACACCGGGCAGCAACUCGGACAAGCUGGGCGCGCCGCGCGUCGGCGAUUUAUUAUUGAGCGUCGAGUACGUGCCCAAAGGUGACAACAAAGAACCGGUCUUCGAGGACCUCGAGCUCAAGAAGUCCUUCGAGGCGGCCCUCGCCACCUUAGAAGGCGUGCCCCAGCAGCGCAUGAUUGAAGUGGUGGUGGAACGAGAAAGUAGCGGCGACGACGACGUCGUGAGCGAGGCGGCGCCGGUGGCCCAGAUACGGUUAGGAGCGUACAGGAGGAGGGGCUCGAGCCGCGCCGCCAUGGAGGACUGCGUCGCUAUUGGUGCUGGUGAUGUAUCAGAAACCUUGAACGGCCGCGACUGGCCGUCGAGGGAGCCGAGCGAGGAACUCACGGCGGAGCUUUCCGUGGCUCAUGGUAGAGCCGUCGCCUGCGCCGUCGACGGCCACGGCGGGCAAGAAGCGUCGCGCCACGCGGCCGACCGGUUGCCCGGUCUCGUGGCUUCUUUCUCGACAAAAAGCCCGGAGUCCGCGCUCAAGGCCGCGUGGGUGCGCUGCGCCGAGGAGCUCGAGUUAGAUGGUCCGGGCGGCGCCGUGGCGGCGUGCUGCUGCGUCGACGUCGAGGCGCAGACCAUUUCCUUAUUGCACUGCGGCGACGCGCGCGCCGUCGUCGUCGGUUUAGACAAGCCGGCGGCGGCCUACGAGACGAGCGACCACACGCUGAAGCUCGCGUCGGAACGAGCCGCACUGGAAAACCGGGGCGGGGCGGCGCGCGGCGGCCGCGUGCUCGCGGAUCAGUGGGCCGUGGCCGUGCCGCGCGCGCUCGGCGGUAAGGUGUGGCGCGCGGCGGGCAUCUCGCCGGCGCCGGACGUCGCGACUUUGGCUUGCGGCGGCGCGGACGGCCUCGUCCUGGCGUCGGACGGCCUCUGGGACGUGCUCUCGUCCGACGACGCCGCGGCCUUUGUUCGGGCGAACCGCCUCUUCCGGCCGGAGCGGUCCGCGGCGCAAGUCGCGGCGGCGCUCGCGUCGCGCGCGGCGGCUCUUGGCUCGACCGACGACGUUUCCGUCGUCUGCGUGUUCUUCGAUCGGUGAGUAAUGUCUUUCGUAGUC